CGUACAGUGCAGUAGUUGGUUAUGUUUGUGUUCAGUCCUGCUGCAGAUGACGCUGGACGUCCCGAAUCAAGCCUUUCUGCUCUUCAUCCUGGAUCAGAUGCACUCACGGUGGACUGACGGUCAGAAAGCGUCUCUGUCCUCCUGCAUGUUUCUGGGUAAACUGCUGGACGCUCAUCCUGCUCUGAGUCAAACGCUGACGUCCAGCCGCUUGUGUGUGCUGGAGUGUGUGUGCUCAUCUCUGCUGGUCUCAGACGAGGACGUGAAGGUCGCGGUGUGUUACGUGAUGUUCAGGAUCUGGAGUUUCUCCGCUGCGGUUCAGACUCUUCCAGACACUCUCCGACAGCGCAUGUGUGUGUUACUGCUGCACACGCUCUCCAACACACACACCACAGCGCUCACCGUCAACUGCUUGGUAUUGAAUCUUAUUUGCUUUUCAUAA